UGGACAUCAGACGGUAACAAGCAACGGUACAAGCGAGAACAGGUCGCCCGACAGCAGAGGGUAGCAAUCCUAGAGAUUUCCGUUGUUCACUGUGGUAGGAUGUGCUACCGCCUUCAGGUGGCUCGCGAGUGGUUCAUUGGACUUUGUUUGCGCUGGGUGUCGAUAGUGAAAAGAAGAAAUGUGAUGUUUAUGUGAACUUUGAACGCUGCAACCGGUUAUCGAAGAAAAACACAAAUAAUCCUGCGAACUUUCCGGUUCAUUUCUGCAUUAGGCAGUCAGAAACGAUCACUCUGAACAUCGUUUUUCUUUAUUCGUCUGAAUUAGAAACGAAUUCCACUCGUUAGAUUACAUUUAACUCGAAUCGUGCAUUCGGAAGCUACUGACGUUCGGUUGCGAUUCCUGUUAUCGUUCGAUGAAAGUCGUGAAUAAGCGAUCAUAAUAAAACACCGUGUGAGGCUUAGAUUGCUUACAACCAAUAUGGUCGAAAUAACAUAAACUCCAGCGUCGCACAGGAUGCAGAACUCAGCUAAAGGUGAAUUUUUCCGUAACAUCCUGAGCACGGCGAUGGUGCCCGCGGCAGAUGCUACAUGCGAGCGCACAUGGAUAUGAUUCCAACGGCAAUAAUCAUGCUAUUACACGAUCAUCGGCAGCAUGACAAACCCGCUCCGAGAAGGUUAUUCGCCGCUAGCAUACGGUUGGGAAUAGACAGUUGUUUUCUGCGUUCGUUCAACACAAGGGACUAUCGAUAAGUGCACGUAUCCUUGAAAGCCAAAUUUACGGUGGCACGUUACAAUACUCUACAAAUCAAACGUACUGUGAGAAAUAGAAGUUCAGCCUAUGGAUAUACUGCGGAAAAAGAUGAUUGUUUAUUGUGUGCUUUUAUUUAGUAUAAUUUUGUGUUUAAGUGAGUGCAAUGAUAUCAUUAAUUCUAGUAGCAAAGAAACAUCGCUGCCAGCGAAAAACACCGUUAUGGCGGUAUUCAGUCCUAUGACAAAAUCUCCGGGACCGUGUCGUUAUUUAUCCGGAACUCGAAAGCAGAACCACCAGUGUCGCAGAGAUACCGGCCUUCCGGAGGCAAUCAAGGAAGCGCGCCGAUUAGCCGUCACCCAUUGCGAAGAACAGUUUCGAUAUGAUCGCUGGAAUUGUUCGAUUGAAACGCGGGGAAAACGAAACAUUUUUAAAAAGGUUUAUCGCGAGACUGCAUUCGUACAUGCUUUGACGGCAGCAGCAAUCACUCAUUCGGUGGCACGUGCCUGUGCCGAAGGGAAAAUGUCCAAAUGCCAGUGUGCAUCAGAAAAACGUCCCGAAGCGACACGGUUGGCAUGGAAAUGGGGCGGAUGUAGCGACAAUGUGAAGCAUGGUAAACGGGUUACCAGAAACUUUUUGGAGCUGCAACCAGCCGAUGGCGAUCCGGUGGCAGAGAUGUUACGGCACGACAGUGAGGUUGGUAUCCAGACAGUGAUGUCGAACCUGAACGAUCGCUGCAAGUGUCACGGAGUUUCAGGCUCGUGUUCGUUGAAAACCUGUUGGAGAAAACUGGGUGACUUCAACGCUACAGCAGCGAUGUUACGAACUAAAUACCACCAUGCUAUCAGGAAAAUUCCCGUCAAUAACAAAGCCUCAAGAAGGGAUGCUUCCAAGGAGCCGAGAGAAAAGGACUCGUCGUACGACCAGCUCUUCUACUUCGAAACAUCGCCCACAUUUUGCUCGGUCACUCGCGGCAGACGGUGCCUGCAUCCGGAUAAUUGUGCAACACUGUGCUGCGGGCGUGGCUACACUACAAAAGUAAUCAAAACAAUCGAGAAGUGUCGCUGCCGGUUCACCAAUGGGCGCUGCUGUCAGAUUGUUUGCGAUUACUGCGAAAAAUAUGACGAUCGAUAUUACUGUAAAUGAGCGGCUGUUGAAAGCGACACAAUACUUCAAACUACGAUACUAAUAUAUAGUUAUUUAUUAUCCUUCAGCUUAAGUACUAUUGUGACGGAGAUUUCAUAGUCGCUGAAAUUCGUUUCAUGUCCAGUAAUGAUUGCGAAGAACAAUUCCACACUAUUGUCUUUAUGUUGUGAACCCUCAAAAAAGAAACAUGGUUUUAAAUAGUGUGAUUCAAUUAGGCGAUUAGAACUAGCUAACGAGAUAAACUAUCUCGAAUUGUCCAUUCGGUCAGUUUCAAAUUCAUAUAAUCAUGUUUGUUGAAAACUUUUACCUUGUACCUAGAUACUGUAGUAAGUAGAAUACGCUGUUCUUAUAAGCCCUAUACAUUAAAUAUGCAAAACCACGCAUGUCCAGUAGCUUUUAUCACUUGUCCAAAUCUGAUCUAGUAAAUAAAUUGAUGUGUAUGUGAGUA